AUACUACAAGAUGACACAGUAAGAGAAGAAUUGCUACAUGAAGCAAGGUAUUACUGCAUAGAAGGUCUUGUGAAUCUAUUGUUACACCAAGCUUAAAAAUCUUUUUGAUACUCAUCAUCUAUUUUCUUUUACUUUCUUUUACUUUUAAAUAUAAUAAUGUAUAUUUUGUUUCUGUUAUUAACUGGCUUAAUAACAAUUGUAUUUGGGCAAGACAACUAUCCAAAAAAAAUCCAGCUUGACUCUAGUAAUGGAUUUUCAGUUGAAUACUUUAAUAACUAUAAGAUUGUACAUAAUUUGUUAAACAAUGAAAAGUACAUGCUCGUUUGCUGUGGAAUGACUCUGGAUAACAAUACUGGCUACACUGGUGUAUUCAGCACACCGAUCCAGAAUAUAGCUGUUGAUAGUGCAUUGUAUACAUUGCCGUUUUUUGAGUUACUCAAUCUGACCAAUCAUGUUCAAGCUAUUGUUCCAGCAAACAAUGUUACUUCCCCUUGCUAUGCCAAUUUGACAGCUACACCUCAAAAUUCAACAAACCUCGUCACAUUCACAGUAAAAUCAAACUCUACAAGUAGCAUUGGUGUCUCUGCUAAUAAUCCAUCCCUCACACCAUUACAGCAAAUGUCAUGGAUCGUUUAUAUUGCUUAUUUCUUCGAUAUGGAAUAUUAUGCCAAUCAGUUAUACAGCUCUCUAAAUACGAAUUACGAGUGCCAUAAAACAAAUCUACUCCAUUCAGGUGCCAAAAACAUUGCUUGGACAAGCUACGAUGGAAGUGCAUGGACAUUAAAGUACGACAACUACACAAAUACACUCAUUGAAGAUUCAGGUAACACUAAAUAAUAAUCCACAAAGUAAUGAUGUUCACGCCAUA